AUGUCUGCUACCAAGGCAACUCCCGAGGUCCUCUGGGCCCAGCGCUCCAGCGCCUCCGACGCCACUAAGAACUUCGUCUACCUGACCAUCACCGUCCCUGACGUCCCCGCUUCCAGCCUCAAGCUCGACCUCAAGCCCACGGGCCUGACCUUUGAUGGCCACUCCGACACCCUGAAGAAGGACUUCCACCUUGACCUCGAGCUGUACGGCGAGAUCGACACGGAGGAGAGCAAGGUCAACCACACUGGCAAGAACAUUGAGCUGAAGCUCCAGAAGAAGGAGCUCAAGGAGGAGUACUGGCCCCGCCUGCUCAAGGAGUCCAAGAAGGUCCACUUCCUCAAGACCAACUUUGACAAGUGGGUCGACGAGGACGAGCAGGAGGAGGCUCCCGAGGAGGACUUCUCCCAGUUUGGCGGCAUGGGUGGCAUGCCCGGUAUGGGCGGCAUGGAGGGCAUGGGUGGCAUGCCCGGCAUGGGUGGCAUGGGUGGCAUGCCCGGCAUGGGCGGCGGCGACUUUGGCGGCAUCGACUUCUCCAAGCUCGGCGCUGGUGGUCUGGGCGGUGCCGACUUUGGCGGCGACGACGACGACGAGGGUGAUGAGGACGAGGACGACAUGCCCGCCCUCGAGGGCGACGAGGCCGCCAGCAAGCCCGCCGCUGCUGCUGCCGCCACCACUGACGCCGCCGCCGCCAAGGAGCCCGCGAAAUAA